AUGAAAGUUAUUGACAUCAUGACAACCAUCCGACACAGAAAGGGAAUAAAAGUCACAGAAGUUGCUGAAGAUCAUCUGGCACAAGAGAAAAACGUGAAGCCUGAUGGAAAAGUUGGAUCUGGUGAAAAGCUAUGGAAGAGACUUUCACUUACAGUGGGUGGAACUGUUGCCAUAUCUCUUGGACUUCUUACUUCUGUUUACGUUGCUACUCUACACGAAAAUGACCUGUGGUUUUCCAAUAUUAAGGAAGUAGAACGGGAAAUUUCAUUCAGGACUGAAUGUGGAUUGUAUUACUCCUAUUACAAAGAGAUGCUGCAGGCUACAUCCAUCCAACAAGGUUUACAUGGCUUAAUAUAUGACAAUAAAACUGAAUCUCUGAGGACAAUUAACGUACUUGAAAGAAUGAAUGUUUACCAGGAGGUGUUUCUCAGCAUACUGUAUAGGAUUCUUCCCAUUCAGAAGUAUUUAGAGCCUGUUUAUUUUUAUAUCUACACUUUGUUUGGACUUCAGGCACUUUAUGUCAUUGCUCUGUAUGUAACCAGUUGGCUUCUUAGUGGAACAUGGCUUUCAGGUUUGUUAGCAGCUUUCUGGUAUAUUACAAACAGAAUAGAUACCACAAGAGUAGAAUUCACCAUUCCAUUAAGAGAGAACUGGGCACUGCCAUUCUUUGCAGUUCAGAUAGCAGCAAUCACAUACCUAUUCAGAUCUCAUUUACGACCUCUUCAUGAAAAACUGACACUUCUGGCAGUGUUUAUAUCAACCUUUCUCUUUAGCCUGACUUGGCAAUUCAAUCAGUUUAUGAUGCUGAUGCAAGCAUUAGUAUUAUUCAUAUUGGACUGUCUUGACAUGCUUCCCACAGCAAAGGUUACAUGGCUCUACAUUAUACAAUUAACAGGCAUACUACUGGUCUGUGUUCUACAGUUCUUUAAUUCCAUGAUUCUUGGAUCCCUACUUAUAAGUUUUAAUGUGUCAGUCUUGCUAGCAAGAACAGUUCAGAAAAACAUGAAAAUGGGAUGCUUGCUAAAUAGACUUGGGAAACUUUUCUUCCAUGUACUUAUGGUGUUAUGUUUGACACUUCUAGUUAAUAACUUUAUUAAGAAAAUUCUUAAUCUUGAGUCAGAUGAACAUAUAUUUAAAUUCCUGAAAGCAAAAUUUGGAUUUGGAGCAACAAGAGAUUUCGAUGCUAACCUGUACCUCUGUGAAGAAGCAUUUGGUCUGCUGCCAUUUAAUACUUUUGCAAGACUCUCAGAUACAUUACUUUUUUAUGCCUACCUAUUUGUUCUCUUGCUUAUGGCAAUAGCAGCUGCUGUUGUUGCCUUUCAGAAUCUCAGUGGUUCAGCUAAUGUCCAAUCCACGGAUAAAAUGGAAAUUUGCACAAUAGUCCUGAAGCCUGGAGCUGCCUACAACUUAAUGCACACAGUUCUGUUUGGAUGCCUGGCUUUAAGCACAAUGAGAAUGAAGUACCUUUGGACAUCCCAUAUGUGUGUAUUUGCUUCUUUUGGUUUGUGCAGUACUGAAGUUUGGGGAUUUGUCCUGAAAUCCGUUCGUCUCUACACACCACAGAGGCUAUGUGUCAUUAGGUAUUUGGUGCCAAUAAUCACAUUGCUGUACCUUUCUUAUAAGUUCUGUCCAGGAAUGAUGGAUGAGCUGUCAGAGCUGAGAGAAUUCUACGAUCCAGACACAGUGGAGCUGAUGAAUUGGAUUAAGUCAAACACUCCUAAGAAAGCAGUGAUUGCUGGGAGCAUGCAGCUAUUAGCAGGAGUCAAACUGUGCACUGGAAGGAUCUUAACUAAUCACCCACAUUAUGAAGACAAGAGUCUAAGGGAGAGAACAAAACAAGUUUAUCAGGUAUAUGCAAAGAGAUCUCCUGAAGAUGUCUACAGCAUACUGAGAUCCUUUGGAACAAACUAUGUAAUCUUGGAGGACAGCAUAUGUUAUGAAAGACGGCAUAGCAGAGGCUGUCGGUUACGAGACCUGCUCGAUAUAGCUAAUGGUCAUGUCAUGGAUGGUCUAGGAGAGAAUGAACCUGAUCUGAAAGCUUCACUGUAUCCUCGCUUCUGUGAGGAAAUUAAAAAAAACUUGUCUUCUUAUUCCAUGUACUUCACUAGAGUGUUCCAAAACAAAACAUUCCAUGUUUACAAGCUUGCUAAACAUAAAUAGCGUAUAUUCCCAACAGUGGCUUUAAAUUCAGUAUUUUAUUGCUAGGACCGCAGUGGGAAAUGCUGAAGAAGUUUACAAAAUGUUAGUUUUUAGGCAUUUUACAUUAAGCGUUUCUUGUUUAAUUACUGUGAUUCUUCAGUUAGUUUUAGACAGUUUAAUUUUUAUAACAUUCUUGACAUUGACAGGGAAUUUUCCAUUUUUAGCUGACUGAAAAAUGUGCAGAAUAGACAGUCUGCAUCAACACUGCAGAAUGACUAAUCUAUACAGUUCUGCUCAGGGUUUUGAAUAUUUUACUGUACCAUGAACAUGAUAGAAGUAAGCUGAGUGUAGGCCUUGUUACUUCAUAACUAAAUAUGUGUUAGCUGUGGUCUUUGAAGAUAUUAAAACAGUAAAACUUUGGUUUCAAUCCUAGAAGCUCAUCCUUGCAGGCAAACCUCUCUGCCCAUGCAGAGCCAGUUUGUCUUCAGUGGGACUCUCUUGGACCCUUAGGCCCACAUAGUUUGGAUCUGAUGGCAGGAUCAAAGCCUUUGAUAGUGAAAACACGUUGGAGACUAGAGUAACCUCCAUGUUGUCAAACACUUUUUAAUUAUUCAGAUGUGUGUUGUUGCUUGUUUUUAUGCUGUUUUAACACAAUGAUAGAUCUUAGUGUAUUUCUUUUGAGACUUUAAGGUUGGAGCAUGUUUGAUAUAUGUAGUACUUUGGUAUCCUCUAUUAAAAGCAAUUUAAAAUGCUCAGAACAAGUAUAACAAAUGAAAUACAAAAUCCUUCAGGAUCCUUACAAUACUCCUCCUUUGCUGUAUUCUGCUUUCCCUACCACAAGAAGGUAUAUUCCUCUGUUAAUGCCACAUAGAACCAAGAGUAGAAUAUCAAAGUUGAGCACUGCAAUGGAGAUGAGGGGAGCAUAUUCCCCUAAAAAUUGCAGCGAAAGUGUAUGCUCACAAUGGAGUUCUUUGCUUUUAGAGUAUUUGAAGUACCCCUAAAACAUUUUUUAAAACAAAACUCUGUCACUGUUUCCCUCCUUCUCACCCUUAGUCAGCCAUUUAUUUUGGACUGAUUUUUGAAGAUGAUGUUCUAUCUUCAAACUUUUGUAAACUUUGUGUUUUGUUUGUAGUCUUUUUAUAUUUUUUCCAGGCUAGAAUUUUGUGAAUUCUAUGGAGUUUUUAAAUACCGUGUAUAAAAGAAGUCACUGUUACAGUACUUUAGUGCUAACUUAUUGUUUUUAUACUAAUUAGAGACUAGGUCUGCUUGAAAGCCUAACAGCAUUCUCCCAUUUUAACUAGGCACCUGCUAUCCUUAUUUGUUUCUUGUGAAAACCAGAACAGGUAAUAAUCAAGUGCCUCUAGGUCAGUGCUGAAUUAACAUUUAAACAUGUAUAGGAGUAUAUGUGGCCUGCUCAAAUAAUUCAUUUAUGAUAAUUACUGUUGCAGUUAAUUUCUAGCGAUGGGAAACUUAAAAGUGCUACUGAUAGCAUACUCCACAUUUAAUUUAAUCAAGAUGUGUAAUGAAAUUAACUUUCACAACUGAGCUGUGUUCCAAUUCCAAAUGAUUUAAAUGUUUUCCAUUUGCAGUUGUACUAAGCUAAUUGACUGCAGGGAUAGAGAUGGUCAUGUCACAUGCUCAAACAAUUUUAUAUUCAGUAAAUACUCAUUAAGCAGCAUUCAACAUCUUUCUGAACUUUCAUGCUAACAGAAAAGGAAAGUGUGCUUUAAUCAAACUGUAUUUAAAUCAAACAUUGACAGUAGCUAGGUUGUUAAACCAAGCAACUGAAACUCCUGAAUAAUUUCUGUCCUGUAUUCCUUAAUAAGGUUGGAGACCACUGCAGUUUAACAUACUACAAUAAUAAAACAUUUUAAUCAGUAUUAAAACUUUAAUUAAGCCCUUAAUGAUGCAUACCUGUUCUUGCUGACACUAUUGGUCAGUAAAUUCCUCAAUGAGUGCCUUACAAUAAUUGAAAACAAGCACAUGUAAGGUAUAGUAGGUUUAGACUAUGUGGUCUUAUUUUAAAAUGCAGUGUGGUCUUCUUUUAAGGUGCAGUUACUUUGCUCUAAUUACAUUUAAAUAUUCCAACAUCAGUCUUGAUUUUGAGUCUUGCUCAUAGGUAUAGUACUAUUGAGAAUAAAAAAGUGACUAACAUUAAUUAUUUUAAAUAGAUUGACAUUUGUUACAGUUUUAAUACAGAUUGUAUUUAAUGUUGCCAAAACAGAGCUGACGCCUUUUGCGGAAACUAUGAAGUGCCAAAAAAAGAGAAAUUUACAAGGUAGAGUCCAAGAUAGCUUUGUUCUUUGCAGAUUAUAAGAAACAUGCUUCUUGUUAUCACGACGUUAUCAGCACAGGGCAGUAUUGUUUUUAGAAUACAAAUUCCCCAAAGGCAUCAUAAACAUUUAAAGUGUUCAGGAGCUAAAUAUUUUGCAGCUAAGUCAGCAGUUGUUAAGGUCUAAAUGUUUGAAAGGUGGUGUCAUUUUAAACAUUCAAACUUUUCUAGGCCCUGAAAGAAUUAAUUCUAGAUGGAAAGGCAUAUUUAAAUAGCUAAGUGAUACUCUAUUUAUGCUAUCUCCUUAGAACAGAAAGUAAGGAGAAAAUACAAUAGGAGCAAAACACUUACCACCUGGAAGGAAAGGAGAUACAUCUAGCAGCACUAUGCUUUAAGGUAACCAUUUUAGUACUACAGCUUACUGUCUUUCCCAAAUUUAAAGGACUAACUGCUAGAGGAGAGCAUGCUGGGAAAGGGUGAUCCCAAACUGGACAGUUCAUUAGUGACCAGGCAGCUAACAGAGAACACUCCAGUAGUGGUUGAUGGUAGGAAAAAAGGCUAAAUUUCCUAUUCUCUGAGAGCCAGGAUUAGGGUGCAAGAAUCCCUGAAGCUUUCCUAUCUCAAGUCUGGUGUUUUAUGUAUUUGUAAUAAUUAUGUCCUCCUUUUUUGGUGGUUUGCUAUGAUAUAUGUUCAUGCAUUAAAAUCUGGAUUCGUUUUUUACAACAACCUCUGCCUCUGAUUGAAAUUCAUCACCCCAGUACAUCUUCACAAUACCAAAUGGCUAUCAUGGCAUUUCUCAUUAUUUAUGCUAAAUCAGAUGCACCUCCAUUUGCUAUAAAAGCUAUUGUGCAUUUAAGGAAAUCUAUAGAUUACUAACUCAGUGACUCCUUGAAUAUAUUGCAUACUGUUCGUGACCAUAGUAAGGACUUUUGAGCAGAUACAGUUUUUGCCAUAAUGUAUAAUUGUAAGUGCAGAGAAAACUUUAGAUCAAAGAGCUGAAACAUCAUCAGAUAUGGGAUUUUUUUUUAGGUGAGAAAAGCCUUUGGGGUUCAGAAGUACAUUGCCCUUUCUGAUUUGAAUAUUCUACUGGUGGGAUCUCGUAUAUAAUUGUUUUAUAAUAUGUUGUACUGAGAUGUUAUGAAUAUUGUAUAAUAUUAAUAAAGUUGUCCUUUUAGAAUCA